GCCGAGGACAGCAACGAGACGCUGUCCUCUGAGGAAGAUCAGGAUCUGGGGGACCUGAACUUAGACCAGACCCUCAAACAGGACUUCACCUCCUCCAAGAAGAGCAUCAGCCAGAUUAUUAAGGACAAGAAGAAACAGACCCAGCUCACUCUGCAGUGGCUGGAGGAGAACUACAUAGUGUGUGAGGGAGUGUGUCUGCCCCGGUGCAUACUUUAUGCCCAUUAUCUCGACUUCUGCAGGAAAGAGAAACUCGAACCGGCCUGUGCUGCUACUUUUGGAAAGACAAUCCGACAGAAGUUUCCUCUUCUGACCACGAGACGACUGGGCACCAGAGGACACUCAAAAUAUCAUUACUAUGGAAUUGGCAUCAAAGAGAGCAGCGCUUAUUAUCACUCUGUGUAUUCGGGCAAAGGUUUGACCAGAUUUUCAGGGAGCAAGCUCAAGAAUGAGGUGGACACUCUGAUCAUGAUGUAUAAAACACACUGUCAGUGCAUCCUGGAUAAUGCCAUUAAUGUGAACUUUGAAGAGAUCCAGAACUUCCUGCUCCACUUCUGGCAGGGGAUGCCCGACCACCUGCUCCCUCUGUUGGAAAACCCCGUCAUAGUCGACAUAUUCUGUGUCUGCGACUCCAUUCUCUACAAGGUCCUAACAGAUAUUUUGAUUCCUGCCACCAUGCAGGAGAUGCCGGAAAGCCUGCUGGCAGAUAUCAGAAACUUCGCCAAACACUGGGAGCACUGGUUAGCCUCGUCUCUGGAGAAUCUCCCAGAAUGCCUUGCAGCUAAGAAGCUCCCCAUCGCGAGGCGCUUUGUUUCCUCCCUGAGAAGACAGACCUCCUUCCUACACCUGGCACAGAUAGCCCGGCCGGCCCUUUUUGACCAGGCGGUGGUCACCAGCAUGGUGCUGGACAUCGACAACGUGGACCUGAGCAGCAUCAGCUCACAGCCUCUGCUCAGCAUCACGUUCUCCGGAGACCAGGACUCAGACAUCUACUCUGAGUAUGAUUCCAUCACUGUCUUUCAGGAGCUGAAGGAGCUGCUGAGGAAAAACGCCACAGUGGAGUCGUUCAUUGAGUGGCUCGACUCUGUGGUUGAGCACAAAGUCAUCAAGCCGGGAAAGCAAAGCGGUCGGUCGGUGAGGAAGCGGGCUCAGGAUUUCCUCCUCAGAUGGAGCUUCUUUGGGGCCCGAGUGAUGCACAACCUCACACUAAACAACGCCUCCAGCUUUGGGUCCUUCCACCUGAUCCGGAUGCUUUUGGACGAAUACAUCCUGCUUGCUUUGGAGACCCAGUUCAACAACGACAAGGACCAGGACCUGCAGAACCUGCUGGAGAAAUACAUGAGAAAUGCAGACGCCAGUAAAGCUGCCUUCAUGGCCUCGCCCAGCUCCUGCUUCCUAGCCAAUCGCAACAAACCCUCAGGUCCUGCCGACCAAUCGGUGAAGAACGAGUCUCUGGCAGAACACGCCUACAUGUCUCUGUCCACCAAUCGGCAUCAGAGCCUGGAGGCAAAACCGCGGCCCCCUCAUGACGCCUCCCAUCUCUCCGUUAGUGAACCGAGGCUCCGUCAUCAACCAGGGGCCCAUGGCAGGGAGGCCCUUGGCUUCUUCUUCUCCUCCUUCUUCCUCCACCUACUCCACCUCCCUGUCCUCCUGCCUCUCCUCUCUGGGAGUGAUGACCCAGCCCAGCCCCUGUCCAUCUUACUCAGAGAACCUGUAUCACUGUUUACCUCAGACCAGUUCCGUUCUCAGACCCAGAAUCAGUGUCUGACUCCACUCCAGGCUCAGGCCUCCCCUCUGACCUGCCACCUGCCCCGAUACCCCCCCAUCAACGACCAGCACCUGACCAAAGACCCCUUCUACAACCCCCACCCCGCCCUGGUCCACCACUACAGCCCCGGUCCAGACCCGGCUCAGGCCGAGCAGCAGCUGGACUCGGCCGCUCAGAUCCUGGACCCCGCCGAGGGUUUCGGCUUUGUGGGAUCUGGGCUGAACCUGGCAACCGGUGGCUGCCAGGGGCAGAGCUACUCUGUCACGGGACACAGCGGAUAUUACGGCGGGUACCUGGACGGCCAGCGCUUGACCUCGAUGGUGGACCAGCACGUGUCCGUUAUUAGCAGCGUCGGCAGCCUGAGGCAUUUCCCGUCCAGCUUCUCCGAAGUCCACGACCCGCUGAACAUCCUGGACGAGCCGGGCCGGAAAACCACGGCGGGGUUUUUCAGCGAGGUGGAAACCGGAGCAGGCCGCUCAGCAGCUGAGAGGAAUUUCAGAUCCGUCGAA